AUGGAAGAGAUUUCAUGUCAUCCUUUUGAAAUCUCGCAAAUCCAGCGACUUGCCCAAAUUUGCUUUCGAGACACUUACAAAGCGAUAUUGUCCCCAACGCAAAUGGAGUACAUGAUUGACUGGAUGUAUAGUGACUCUUCUUUAAAACGACAGAUAACUGAGGGGUGUGUUUAUACUCUCUUUCAAAAGAACAACACCGACGUUGGCUAUAUUUCAGUUCAAAAAAUAGGAGACGUCUGUCACCUCCACAAAAUCUAUUUAGACCCAAAAGAACACAAAAACGGGAUUGGAAAAGUCAUGAUGAAUUGUGUCAAGUCAUGGGCCACUCAAAACUAUUGCAAAACUAUUAUUUUAAACGUUAAUAGAUUUAAUAAAACAAUCGGGUUCUAUCAGAAAAUGGGAUUCGUCGUGAUCAGACAAGAAGACAACGAGAUUGGAAACGGAUUUUAUAUGAACGAUUUUGUCAUGGAAUUUGUGUGCUAA